CGCCCAGCACAGUCGCUGGACAGCUGCUCCUGCUUCCUGCCAGCUGGGCUGUGUGAACCCGGGGUGGCCGUCCGUCCCUCCCCGGCUCACAGCAUUGCGGGCGACACAGAUGACCCCCGUCACUCUGGUCAGGGUCACCGUGUGUCUCCACCUCAAGGAGCAGAAAGGGCUCCAAGGACGCAGACAGAGUAGACCUGCCCAGGCCUGCCCUUCGCCCUUGGGAGAGCCCAGCGUCACCUUGGCUGGCAGGCUCAGGCCACCAUCAUCACCCAGAAGCCAGAGCACAUGGCCUUGUCGCCUUUCAGGGAUGACAUCUGGUUCGAUGACGUGGACCCCGAGGACAUCGAGGCCGCUGUGGGUCCCGAGGCAGCCGACAUAGUGCGGAAGCGGCUGGGUCAGCAUGGGAGCGGCGUCAGCCUGGAGAAGGACCAGGGCUUCGGCGGCCUGACCAGAGCCCUGGCCCUGGACUGUGAGAUGGUGGGCGUGGGCCCCACGGGCGAGGACAGCAUGGCCGCCCGAGUAUCCCUGGUGAACCAGCACGGAAAGUGUGUGUACGACAAGUACAUCCGGCCCACAGAGCCCGUGACCGACUAUCGGACAGCCAUCAGCGGCAUCCGGCCCCAGGACCUUCAGCAGGGAGAGGAGCUCGCCGUGGUCCAGAGGGAAGUGGCGGGGCUGCUCGAGGGCCGGCUCCUGGUGGGGCACGCACUGCACAACGACCUCAAGGUCACUGACAGCUCCCAGGGCUGGCAGGCAACGUGGCAGACCAUUGGCCCACGUCCGGGAGCUGGAGGUCACGGCCCGGAUUCAGGACCCAGACCCAGCAGGACAAGAGCAGGCUUUCCCACAGUGCCCGUGCUCCCGACAAUGAGUUGCGUCAGGCCCGUGGCCUGCGUGAGGUGCGGUGGUCCAUGCUCACGCAGACGAGCCCCUCGUGAGGGCAGACUGCCACUGGACGAGGGGGUGACUCAGGCCCGCUUCCAACCGCGAGCAUCCGGCCUAGCCGGGCUGACACAGCUUUCGUUGUCACACUGCCUGUCGCGCUUCGUGGCUGUGCCUCAAGUGCCGUGGGCUCUUGCGUCCAGAGGCAAGCUGGGCAUCAGUGCGUGGAGCCUCUACCGUGGACGCUGCCCUCCCUGUGCUCCUCCCCUACAGAGUGGGCAGCCUUCCCUGAAGCUGCUCUCGGAGCAGAUCCUGGGCCUCAGAGUGCAGCAGUCAGAGCACUGCUCGAUUCAGGACGCCCAGGUGGCCAUGCGGCUCUACGUCCUGGCAAGGAAGGAGUGGGAGAGCGGCUUAAAAGGCAAGCAGAGGACGCCCACUGCCAGGCCCGAUGCCCACUCCCGCCACGAGGCCUGCUGACACCGUGCUCUGAGGGGCCCCGAGGGGGUCAGUUGUCUGCCUGGGCAGGAGGCGGGACUGGGGGACCUGCCGGGGCCCAUACCUCCAUACCAAUCCCAGGGGGGCCGGGGCAGGAAGUCCUGCAGCACCAUGAGCACGGGUGCCCAGCCGUCCUGCAGCUGGUCCUCGCCUCCCCCCGCGCCACAACCCCAGUGGGCUGUGGGCCAGCGGCCAGCCCAGGCCCCUCCGGAACCGGGAGUGUGGCCGACUGCUUUACAUCUGGCCAGUCUCCCUGCUCAGACUCUGGAAAGGCCACCUGCCAGCCGUCUGCCGGACCGACCAGCCUGGCCCAGACCCCACAGUCUUUCUGGAACCAGUGAGGAUGAGAGAAGCUGGUGACUGGCCACUGGGAGCGGGGACAGCGGCCCACAAAC